UUAGUCGGAAAGAUUUCACAAAUAUGUUAGUAAAAGUUCAAAUUUAAAAAAGUCAAAAAUAAAAAAUAUGUCACUUUUAAAUUAGUAUCUACAUACAUUGUCUUAACGAUAUCUGAAAUUAGAUCAUGUUACACCACUCGAUCGCGGCGGGCCGUCGAGCUUCUCUGUGUGUCGGGGAACCUCUUCUCCGUAGCGGCGACGAGCACGAGUGUGCAAUUAUGCAAAAGAUCUUGUUUUAUACAAUUAUCGAGUAUUUCUUGAAUUCGAUAAAUGGAAGCAAGAUAUAACGAUUUUGAAUCUAGGAAUUACGGUUUGAAGUCCAGGAAUCCAUUGCACUGGUUCAAAAAUUGUACAUUGUUAAAGUUUGGUAUUUCUUAUUAAAUUAAUUGGCUUAUUCUCCAUGACCCCUUUUGUCAUAUGCGUUGUUUAUUUUUGUUGAUACUAUGAACGUAACUGAAUAUUGUCUUAUGGAGAUAGAAAAGUACAAGUAAUAUUGGUUGGACCACGUACAUAACAUUUAUUCAAAAUGUUAUUUGACAAAUUGAUUUAUAUAUCGAUAAUAAAGCGAGAUUCCGUUAUUCUGAAUAUAAUAUGUGUUUAAAUAAAUAAGAAAUUUAUCGUUUAAAUGGCUAUCAGAUUAAAGUAAGUUAUGCAGUAGGCUAAAAGUACCAAACUUUGAAAACGCAGAACUUUUGAAUCAAUGGAUUUCUAGAUUAGAAACUUCUAUAUGUCGUCUCUAUACUUCUCUAUUCAUAUGAGUACUAUCAGAAAAUCCCCAAAAAGCAUUCAUAACACUUUACAACAAUAAAUGAUCUCAUAUGUAAGGUCGUUUAAUUUGUUCAAUUUAGGUUCUUGUAUAUGCUAAUGUCAAAUAAACUCAGCAUUUCGCCGUAUGAUGCAGCACUAGUCCGGGAACAACCAGGGCCAUACGCGUGAGCACUUUCAUUUCCUCUCUGAUUAUAUGUUGUCUAUGGUAUAUUAAGUACGCAUUUCUGAUUUCUGAGUGAAACGGACGCGCAUGCCUGAAAAUAUGGAGCUCUGCUUCCGGCAAGAACAGUAAGUGGCGAGUAGAAUCCUGGGAGCGUAUUGUUUGAUUAUUAUAAAAUGACAGCCAUUACAAUCUCGCCGGCUGCACAAGGAAUUAUUCAAGUUGUAAAUGAAAGCAAUUUGUCUAAAAUCGAAGGAUUCCUCAAUGACACAGCAUAUAGGGAAGCCAUUGAAAAUUCCUCAAAUUAUAAUAGCCGACUAUGCAGAGAACGACGUUUACGUAUGCCUUUCCUCGAUUCUCAAACAGGUGUAGCACAGAAUCACUCUGCGCUAUUUAUGUCUUCAAGAGAAAGACUACCCGGUUUGUUACAUGGCCAGAUAUAUACAUAUCCUAGUAAACGAUGGAGGAAAAAACGGCGACAAUACUUGAUGCAUUAUUUACAUCCAAAAAGAGGACCAAGAGGUGACACUGAAGACGGUAAUGAAGGUGUAGAAACUGUAACACAUGUAAAUGACGAUAGCAAAGAUUCAGUGGCCCUUAAAGAUGAACAUAGUAAAGAUGCAUGGUACUAUGACGAGCAAGACAUGUUGGAUAUGGACACGUACGAAGAACCUGAUGCUGAAAGUGAUUAUGAUUAUGAGGAAAGUUAUAGUAGUAAAAGGAAACGAAGAAAACCACGUGGAGGUGGCCAUCAUCCUGCACGAAACCACCCAUCUUCUACAGAUAGUCCUGGGGGCAAACGUACUAAGGGUGGGGGACGCGGGCGCAAAAAAACCAACUAUGAUGCCGUUGACACUGAUAAGCCAUUCGUUUGUGACCUAUGCAGCGCACGGUAUAAAACCAGACCUGGUCUGGUCUACCAUUACGGUCAUUCCCACUCUACUUCCUCCGGUGAUCCUGCUAAGGAACUAAGUCCCAGUCCUGCCGAAGUUGAACCUAGGAGCGUUGCAGACACCGCUGCUUCGAACCAGCCAGGUGGUACACGUCGGGGUCGUCAGAAUGCAACUUCGUCGAGUACUUCGAGUCCCUCUCCCGCAGCGCCACCAGCCGUGAAGGAAGAACAUCUGCCGGCGGUGCCGUCGCCAGGUACAGCUGUCCCCUCGCCUUCCUCGGUGAGGACGGAAGGCCCACCGACCCCAGGGACGAACGAAAAAAAAGCUGGCAAGUCCGCGCAACCGUCCCCAUACUGCGACUUCUGUCUGGGCGAUGCUAGGGAAAAUAAAAAGACCGGCGGCUCCGAAGAGUUGGUCUCUUGCAGUGAUUGCGGUCGCUCAGGGCAUCCGACUUGUUUGCAAUUCACAGCGAACAUGAUCGUUUCUGUUCGCAAGUACAGGUGGCAGUGUAUCGAAUGCAAAUGCUGUUCCAUUUGUGGUACUUCUGACAACGAUGAUCAGCUGCUGUUCUGUGACGACUGUGAUCGUGGAUACCAUAUGUAUUGUCUGUCUCCACCUCUUGCGUCUCCUCCCGAGGGCUCCUGGUCUUGCCGUCUGUGCAUAGCAGAGUUUCAUCGCCGUGAUUAAGAAUCUUUUGUCUCGUAAAUAAGUGAUGGAUUUUAUCUAUUUGCUGUGGUGCAGUGGCCGUUCUCGAAUUAGGAGAGUAUUCUAUAAGCUCACUCUUCUUUCUAGUAUUACGAUAAACGCAAAUGUACUUUCAAGUGAACUCUUCUUUUCUUUGUAAAAGAAACUAUUAAUUAACAACAUCGGCAGCAUUAACUAUUCCGCUUUUUGUUUUUCUUUUCGAUUUAAGUUUCUAUCGAAUAAGAUGAAAUAUCGCAAAGUAUACGUAAUGUAUGAAUAGUACGUUAUAUUAUCUCAGGCACUGGUGAUCUCAGAAAAUGAAAAGUAUCACAAUUAUGUAUUUAUAUUCUCUAACGAACUAGCGUUUAUCAGUAGAUGUACGAAGGUAUAAGGUCAAAGGGCUGUCUUAAUGUUUCUAUCGAGAACAGAUGAAUAGCCGCUUUAAGCUUGCCAUUAAAGAUAAUGGGUUUAAUGGGCAUAACCUUAAUGGUCAAGGACUUCGGCAUCAGAUUGUCGUUAAACAUCGUUGCUUUUUUCAUUGAAAUAAGUUGGUUCGACAAUUGCGAACAUCGAUAAAUACUCUCCUAGUUCUCCUGGCCAAUAUAUUUUUAGCCAUUGACAUUCGAAGUUCGGUUGCUUUUAGGAUUUCAAAAAACUGCUUACACUUUAAACGACUUUGGAGAUCUCAAGUUUUCAUAAUAUCUUUAGCUCCUUGCUAUUAACUUGGUUCAAUCCAAGGUGAAUGAAAGAAGCAAACGUAAGGAAAAAAAGAUUGAUAUUCUAGGAAGAACAUGAUAUUAAUAGCAUCUGUUUCAUAAAUAGUGAUAAAUAGAACACUAUCUGUUUAUCUGUAUGUAUCAUGAUAUUAAAGCUUUUACACUUAAUGACACAGCCAUUACUAGCAGUAUAGCUAUGACAUACAAAAAACUCACAGUACAGCAGAAAAUUAUAUUCUAUAUGCCCUUUAUUGUUAGCUCAGUAUUUUUAUAUUUUAUAUAUUGAAUGUACUUAAUUUAAGAUACCGUGGUGAUAUUUGGUACUCAUUGUUGUAACUCUUCGUUUCUUUUUUAUUCGAGUAAUUUUAAGGUCGCUUAACGACAUGGAAUUGUGUGUAUUAGAUGUCAUGGAAAUGAGUCUAUAAAGAUUUUUGAGUUUGAACCAGUCAAUGGUGAAUUUACAUUUUAUAUUGCUUAUUUUUAACAAACUGUAUGCAAAUUUCAAUAAACAUUAGUAUACAACUGAACCA